AUGCCGUUUCCACAAAGUGUGGCACCGAUAAAAAUCCCCAAGAGAUUUCGCAUGCCCGAUAUCCCGAAGUACAAUGGGACAAUGAACCCAAAUGAGCAUGUGACUGCGUAUACGUGCGCUAUUAAGGGCAAUGAUCUCGCCGAUGACGAAAGGAAAUCAGUGCUACUUAAGAAAUUCGGGGAAACUCUGUCAAAGGGGGCUAUGAUUUGGUAUCAUAACUUGCCCGAGCACUCGAUUGAUUCAUUUGCCAUGCUCGCUGAUGCUUUCAUUAAGGCCCAUGCCGGGGCCAUCAAGGUCAAAACUCGAAAAUCAGACUUAUUCAACGUUAAGCAACGAGAUGACGAGACCCUCCGCGAGUUUGUGGCUCGAUUUCAAAUGGAGCGCGUGGACUUACCUCAAGUUACUGACGAUUGGGCCGUUCAGGCUUUCACCCAAGGGCUAAACUCGAGGAGCUCGAUCACAUCUAUGGAACUAAAACAAAACUUGAUAGAAUACCUGGCAAUCGCCUGGGCUGAUGUGCACAACAGGUAUCAGUCGAAGAUCAGGGUCAAAGACGAUAAGAUUCUGAGGGCCGCUUCAGUAUCAUGGCAUUCCGGUAAAGGAGGUGAUCGCCCAAGGAGAGUGAUAGAUCGAGAUUCCAGAUCGUCAUAUGUCAGAUACCAGCCUUACCCGCUCAAUCGAAGGGGGAACGGGCGUAAUAGCGAAUCGGGCAAGAAUGAUAGGAGAAACGAUCGAAGGAAUGAUCGAGGCAAAAAUAACCGUGGUUUGGUAAAUAGAAAUGUUGUCGAAAGAGCUCUGGGAAACAGAAAAACUCCAAGGUUAUCCGAGUACAACUUUUGCGUCGAUGUAGCAACCUUAGCGGCAGCCGUUAUCCUAAACAAAGAAACAAGGCAUCCGAGGCCAAUCCAAUUUGACCCGGAGAAGCUGGAUAAAAGUCUUAUUUGUAAGUAUCAUCAUACUCACGACCAUCGAACCGAAGAUUAUCGACAGCUGAGAGAGGACAUCGAUCGUCUGUUCAAUUUGGGGCAUCUUCGAGAAUUCCUAAGUGAACGAGCAAAAACCCAUUUUAAAAACCUGGAUUCCAACAAGCAGGAUAGGCCGAAAGAGCCCCAGCAGGUGAUACACAUGAUCAUGGGAGGAACUGACGUUCCCAUUUGA